CCCCACUUUUCUCCGCACCAAAUCACUGACUUCUCUUUCUCCGUAUCUUUCUUCAGCUCCUAAAACCCAGAACCUUCUUUUUCCGGCGAGGGAAGAGCUUCCUCAGCCCUAAUCGCUAAAUCGAUGAAAUUAUGCUCCCAACGUUUAACGGUUUAAAGAUCAUUCCAAAAACUCAACCUUUUGCGUGUCUCCUCUCGCCAUGACCCUAAUCUCAAGAUUUUUGAUCUCUAGAGUGAUUAGUAGAACUCUGUUUUCGAAUCAGAAUAAUAGAACAGCUAUUAAUGUUUCUGUAAAGUUGCCACAAUUCAGAAUUCAGAGUAAUGGAUAUCACACAUUGGGUCUUCUUCAUAAUGUUAAAGGAAGGUUUUUAGGUAGUAAUCAUCAUCAGCUUGCGCGUAGGAGCUAUUCGAUUGCAGUUGCGAGUAAUGUAGUUAAGCAACAUGCUCAAGUCUCUUGGGGAAGGCUUGUACAGAGAGUAACUCUGAGUCGUAGUUGGAACUUACCUCGGAUAAGUCAGAUUGCUCAAGCGUGUAGCUUGUCUUUAGCCCGUUCGCACUUCUUGUUACCUGGUUUAUUGGCUCUUACCUAUAGACAAGUGGCGUAUGCGCAAAGGGUGGUUCCAAAUCCUGUGGUCUAUUCUCCUUCACACAUUUCUCCUUAUAGGAGUUCGAUAAACUUCCCUAUCGUUCUCUCGUCUUUAGUGUUUUCUGCGGUCAAGGGUGUUGUUCUGAUCGGGAGAGCUCUUUAUUUAGCAAUUUUGUUUUCUCCAAAUGUUAUUAUGGCGUUGUUGGGAUUUGCUUGCGGGCCUCGUUACAGACAGCUGCAGUAUGAGGUCCUCCAUCGAACUCUGGAGAAAGCAGGUCCUGCUUUUAUCAAAUUUGGUCAAUGGAUUGCUACGCGACCUGAUCGGUUUAAUAAGGAUUUGUGUUUGCAGCUUUCAAAGCUUCACAGUAAUGCUCCUGAGCACAGUUUUGCGUUCACCAAAAAGAGCAUUGAAAAUGCAUUUGGUCGUAAACUCUCUGAGAUAUUUGAGGAAUUUGAUGAGGCGCCAGUGGCAUCUGGGAGUAUAGCUCAAGUACACCGAGCUUCCUUGAAGUUUCAGUAUGCAGGACAAAAGGUGAAGUCCUCGGAAGUUGCUGUGAAAGUUAGACAUCCUUGUGUUGAGGAAACGAUGAAGCGAGAUUUUGUGAUAAUUAAUUUCGUGGCGAGGCUAACCACUUUUAUUCCGGGGUUAAAUUGGCUUAGAUUGGACGAGUGUGUGCAACAGUUUAGUGUCUACAUGUUGUCCCAAGUUGAUCUCUCAAGGGAAGCUUCUCAUUUGAGUCGGUUUAUAUAUAACUUCCGUGGAUGGAAAGAUGUCUCUUUUCCUAAGCCCAUCUAUCCUCUAAUACAUCCCGCUGUUUUAGUCGAGACGUAUGAGCACGGAGAGAGUGUGGCUCGUUAUGUUGAUGGCUCCGAAGGACAAGAAAAACUUAAGGCUAAAGUAGCUCAUAUCGGAACUAAUGCUCUCUUGAAAAUGCUCCUGGUCGACAACUUCAUUCAUGCUGAUAUGCAUCCUGGGAAUAUUCUUGUCCGGCCAAACAAUACUAGAAGAGGUCUAUUCAGAUCGAGGAAGCCACACAUCGUUUUCCUAGAUGUGGGCAUGACUGCAGAACUUUCAAAAACUGACCGAGAUAACCUACUCGGAUUUUUCAAGGCCGUUGCACGUAGAGACGGCCGGACUGCUGCUGAACGAACACUUAAAUUAUCUAAACAACAGAAUUGUCCUGAUCCACAGGCCUUUAUCAAGGAAGUAGAAGAAGCAUUUACAUUCUGGGGAACAGAGGAAGGGGAUCUAGUCCAUCCAGCGGAUUGUAUGCACGAACUAUUCGAGAAAAUGAGGAGUCAUAGAGUUAAUAUCGACGGCAAUGUGUCCACCGUCAUGUUUACAACAUUAGUUCUCGAGGUGAGUUUAAAUCUCUUAUCAUCCCAUAGAACCACGAAGAACACUCGCCUUUUGGAUUAUUAUUGACCUAUGAACUUUAGCUAGAGUUGAUUACAUCAGUAUUUUAGAGCCAGUCUCUUGAUGGUUUAAAGUUUGCUUCAAAUCUAACAACACUGAGGUUUGUGCUUAACUUUCCACGUUUUCAGGGUUGGCAACGGAAACUGGAUCCAGGAUACGAUGUGAUGCGUACGCUACAAACAAUGCUGCUGAAAACGGAUUGGAUGAAAUCACUUUCUUACACGAUCGAUGGACUUAUGGCUCCGUAGAUUGAAAAGGUUCAAUCUUUGAUUCUUUUACCCAUUUAACACUUGAGAGCCACAUUUUUGUUUUGUUGCCUUAGGAUGUGAAGAAGAACCAAAACAUAUAUUUUAGAGAAAAACAAAGGAAAAGUCCUUUACUGUUUUGUCUUCUUCUUAUCUUUUGCUUAUUCUUUGAUUAUUCUUUUUGCUAGAAAUUGGAAUUCUUCAUCAUUCUAAAACAGAGAAUUUGUAUUUUGGGUAUAUAUCAGUUUUGAAUUUCCUCGAAGCUCAAAG